UCAGUCUUUGUUUUUGUGUUGGUUUAACUACACGCGUCGUUUUUUAGUGCGUUCUUUUUACUUGGUAUUAUGCCGAAACAUUUAAAGAAACGCAGCCCUUCUCCAGAUGCGUUGCACGUCUUUGGAAGUUUGCUUAAGAAAAUUGAUCGACGACUAGAAAAGGUUGAGAGAAAACAAAGAAGACGCCGGCGGAAAUCACCGUCUCCGUAUCCUUCUGAUAGCGAAUGUAGCCAGUCACCUUUUUCGCCGUCAAGAGUACGUGAAGGAUUGUCACGUUUAUCUUCUCCUGGCCCUUCUGGUGUUAAUGAGGAAGUAGCAGAUACAGAAUUGUUGAACUGCUCAGCCGGGAUAGAAAAUUUUACACACAAUGGUAAUGAAACAAUUCAGGAGCUUCGUGAAGACGAGUCUGAGGACGUGCUUCCGCCAGCUAUUUUAACUUUGUUAGGUGAAGAUGACAUUUUGGAAAAAGGUUUUUCCGAUUCAAUCCAUCCGGACUUGGCUUCUCGCUGGACAAGAUUGUUAAAAUUAGGGUUGUCAGAAGACAUAAAAACAAAUUUAAUUAAAAAGUAUCUUCCACCGAAAAACUGCCCAGAUUUGUUACCUCCAAAAAUUAACCCGGAGGUAAAAGUUGCGGUGCAAGACGGUACAUUUCGGAGAGACAUACGAUUGAGUCAACUUCAAUCGCAGUUAAGUGCUGCGAUUUCUGGUGUUGGUUGUGUUGUCACAAAUUUAAUUAAGGAAGGAAGCGGAGAACACAUAUCGUACAUCGAAGUUUUGAACGAUGUAGGACGUUUGCUGAGUGACAUCUACCACACCGAGUCGAUAUCGCGUAGGGACCUGAUCGCACUCAAUUUAAAUAAGGAUUUACGGGAUACCUUAAAAAACACUUGCAUAACCGAGUGGUUAUUUGGAAGUGAAUUAGACAGUAGCAUAAAAGCCGCAAAAGAUUUGGAAAAAUCUGCAAAUCAAUUAAAGGUACCUAAGAAGCGUACAUUUUCUGGACCGUCUUUACCUUCGAAACAGGGAAACGCAAAACGUCCGUUGUUGCAGAAGAAGGGAGUGCAACAAUUGAGACAAAGUUACCGAACUCCCUACACCCAAACCAGAGCACCAGCGUACACUCCCCUGAAGAGGCAGGAACGUUACAAACAUUUCCAAUCCAAACAAGGACAGAGGGAUCGUUAGAGGUUAGUAGUCCUUGUGGAAGACUCAGACAGUUUGCGUUUAGAUGGAGUGCGUUAUGUAUUGACAAUAGGAUAGUGUCCUAUAUCAAGGGAUUUUAUAUUCCCUUUCAUACAAAACCAAGUCAACUUGGUGUACCUGUAGAACCAAAAUGGUCACAAAAAGAAUCCAAAAUUGUAAAUAAUAUAAUCCAAGAUCUGUUGCUUAGGAGGGCUAUCAGUAUAGUUGAGCCGAGGGAAGGUCAAUAUAUAUCAAACAUUUUUCUUGUACCUAAGCCAGAUGGAUCUAAUCGAUUGAUUUUGAAUUUAAAACAUCUUAAUAAUUUUAUUACUGUUGAUCAUUUUAAGAUUGAGGGUUACACUACUGUUGCUCGAUUAAUUAGGCCAGAUAUCUUUAUGUGCACUGUCGAUCUAAAAGAUGCUUAUUAUCUAAUACCCAUUCACCCCUGCCAUAGAAAAUAUUUACGUUUUUGCUUCAAUGGCAAGUUAUACGAAUGGAAUUGUCUACCUUUCGGGCUGAGCUGUGCACCGUGGGUAUUCACAAAAAUUUUAAAACCCGUUGUAAGUCUGCUUAGAGAGAAAGGUUUACUUUCCGUUGUUUAUCUAGAUGAUUUUCUCCUGUUAGGGAGAACACGAUCCGAGUGUAUUAGCAACGUAACGGAAACAGUAAAACUACUUGAAUGUUUAGGUUUUAUAGUGAAUUACAAGAAAAGUAACCUUAUACCAAACCAGACUUGCAAAUAUUUAGGUUUUGUGUAUAAUUCCAGAACAAUGUCUUUAUCCCUACCAUCUGAUAAACGCCUUAAAUUGAUUAAGCUUGCCAAUCAAUUCAUUACUGUACAAGAAUGUAAGAUUCGAGAAUUCUCAAAAUUUAUUGGAUCUCUGGUGUCGGCAGCCCCAGCUAUAAAAUAUGGAUUCCUAUAUACAAAAUUGUUUGAACAAAAAAAAUAUCGAGCUCUACGGCAUUCUGGGGGAAACUAUGAGGCUAAGAUGACUCUAGAUUCCUUCUUACAUUCAGAUAUCUCUUGGUGGAUCAGUAAACUGGCGGUUUCAUGUAAUCCUAUUCGUUCUGACACUUUCGAUAUAGAAUUGUUUACUGAUGCAUCGAAGACCGGUUGGGGAGCAUACUGUAAUGGUAACACCUCUUUUGGUUUUUGGUCCAAUUCAGAGAAAGAAAAUCACAUUAAUGAACUCGAGCUCUUAGCAGUCUUAUUUGGGUUAAAAUGUUUUGCUCGAGGUUGUCAUAAUUGCAAUAUUUUAUGUCGGGUGGACAACACGACUGCCAUUGGUACAAUUAAUCGUAUGGGAAGUGUGAGGUUUCAAAACCUUAACAAGAUUGCUCGACUCAUUUGGGGUUGGUGUGAAGAACGAAAUAUUUACAUUUUUGCAUCUUACAUAUCGUCAAGCGAGAAUUUUUUUGCGGAUAAAGCUUCUCGACAGGAACACCAGGAGACAGAAUGGUCUCUAGAAAAUUCUGCUUUUCAAAAAGUGUUGAAAAGAUUUGGUGUCCCAGAUAUAGAUUUAUUUGCUAGUCGGUUGAAUAGAAAAUGCAAGACAUUCGUGUCUUGGAAAAGAGAUCCAGAAGCUUUCAGGGUAGAUGCCUUUACUCUAAAUUGGAGCGUUUUUUCCUUUUAUGCAUUCCCUCCCUUUACUUUAAUGCUGAGGACUCUUCAAAAAAUUAUUAAAGAUCAUGCAGAAGGGGUGGUUGUAGCCCCUUACUGGGUAUCUCAGCCGUGGUACCCUGUGUUUUUAUCGUUACUAACGGAAGAACCGUUAAUACUUGAACCUUCUGACCGAUUACUUUCUUUUAGCGGGAUACCACAUCCGAUGGCAAAACACCUUUCCCUGGUGGUAGGGAAGUUAUCCGGAAAGCUCUUCAACUCAAAAACAUACCGGAAAACACAAUAGAAAUCUGCUUGGCUUCCAUUACAGCUUCGACGCUUAAGCAAUAUAACAGUGGAUUAAGACUGUGGUGGACAUUUUGUAAUACACGGUUAGUUAAUCCGUUUUGUGUCACUAUUCCAGCCUUGCUAGAUUUUUUGACUUGCCAAUUUAAUAUAGGUGUUUCGUUUGGUUCCUUGAAUUCGUAUAGAAGUGCAAUUGCACAAAUAGCAGGACCAGAAAUUGCGUCUGAUUUUCGUGUAAAGAGAUUUUUUAAAGGUGUUUUUAGUCUCAGACCACCGAGGCCUAGAUAUGAAAAUGUAUGGGACCCGGACAUAGCCUUGGGUUAUGCAAGGGCUCUCAAUAAUAAAACUCUUUCUCUGCCAUGUUUAACGAAAAAACUGGUACUGUUAUUAGCUCUUGCUACAGGUCAAAGGAUUCAAACUCUGUCCUUAAUUAAUAUUGAUAACAUUGUUGUUCUUAAUGACAAGGUUGAGAUUAGAAUCCCUAAUAGGAUAAAGACUUCAGGUGUAAAUAAAUUGCAACCAUUAUUAGUUUUGCCCUUUUAUAAAACGGAUCCAAACCUAUGUGUGGCAGGGGUAUUGUUAGAGUAUCUGAAAAGGACCAAGGAAGAUAGAGGUCAAUGCAUGUCUCUCUUUAUCACCAAUAAGAAGCCUCAUCGUCGGGCUUCAACUCAGACUAUAGGUAGAUGGAUAGGUCAAGCCUUAAAAGAUUGUGGUUUAGAUACAUCCCAAUUUAAACCGCAAAGCACGAGGCAUGCAUCGACUUCGAAAGCAGCCAGGUCCGGAGUAAGCUAUGAUACCAUCAGACUUGCUGCUGGAUGGUCAUCAAAAUCUAAUACCUUUGCACGAUUUUAUAACAGGCCUGUGCAGGACAAUACUGUUUUUGCUAGAGCGGUAUUAAAUAUAGCUUAAAAUUGUGUUACUGGAAUUGUUCUAUAAAUGUUUUCUGUAUUUUAGAGAUAAAAUCAGAUAUUGUUUUUCUUCGAAAACAUCGUGUAUUAUAAUAAAGUUGUUGCAAAAUCUUUAAACAUCUACAAUUUUAUUUACGAAACGAGGCCGAAUAUAAUUACAAGAUCAAACGAACUUACCUUAAGUGAUGUUCGAUCUUGAUUAUAUGAAGGCCUCGUUGAAGUAAAUAGUCCCAUACCCACCCAAAUUUAUGCUGUUAAAUCCCAUUUACUUCCAUGCAACAACUACUUUCAAAGAGACUGAGGCGUUGUUGGCUUGACAACGGGUAAACAUGC